AUUUUCUCAAUUUCUGAAACGAGAGAAAGCCGAGAAGCAGAGCACGCAGAGAGCUCCUGGGAAAAAAAUUCCAAAGCUCCAAUCUUGAGCCCUAGUGAUCCAAAAAUCCCGAAUUUCUUGAAUUCCCGAUAAGCCAAAUUAGGGUUUCGGAGUAUCCGGAAGCCGGAUUGAGCCCAAAUUUCAUAUACGAGCUUCCUGCAGCGAGG